CAUUAGGUACAAAUAGUGCAACGCCAUCGCUUUCACAGGCACACACCUGGCAGAACCACCCCCAGACAAGACCGUCUUCAGUCGCCAGAGAAGCCGAAACACCACAACAAGAUGCCUUUUCCCGUAGACAAGUUUUGCGGAACCUGGAAGCACGGAGAUCAUUCUGACAACUACCCUCAGAUCAUGGAGAAAAUUGACGUCACAGCCGAGAAGUUUAAGGAGAUGAAGGAAUCUCCCUUUCCCAUCGACGCAUCUCUGACAGGAGACAAGCUGUCGUUCAAGGUGGAGUUCAUGGGGAAGACUUGGGUCACCAAUCACACCCUGGAAGUGGAGGGGGAGGAGGAAGAUGCGGUCACCGGCAAGAUGAAAAAGGUGACCUACACCAUAGAAGGAGACAAACUGAUCUCCGUGUACCCUGACCAUGACGGGAAGGGACUUGCUAUGCGCUUCUGCCGCCGUUUUGUUGAUGACGACACCAUUCAUGUGGAUGUGAAAGCUGGAGAUGUGGAGGGCUGGAUACAGUUCAAGCGCUGCUAGACCGUCAGUAGACGUCCAAGGGAACGUUUAACCUCCAUGAACCAGACAAGCUGUUUGUCAACUUUGCUUCGAUUUUUGUAACGAUUUGCUCUAAAUAAAGAAUCUGAACAUGUAUUGCUAAUUGUUAUACUAGUAGUACACUUUGGGUGGUAUUUUACGGUGUAUUGUGGAUAAGAACCCAAAAAUGCACGUCUUAGAGUACCUUGGAAUAUCCAUGCAUGGUCCCCGGCAUGUAAUAGGGUGCUCUAACCUGCUAGGAUAUAUUUUAUUAUUGAUUGUAAGAGUUGCAGUGUAUUUCCUGGGACAUCCUGAGACAUUCCCUGUACAGUCACUUUCAGCAGCCCUCUACUAGGAAACAGUGGGCGAGCUUUGAAUGACACUUCCUAAUGACUAUCUUCCCAGGGGUCUAGGCCGGCACACGUCCUGACCGCCUGGCCCUAGCCUUAUUUGGGCAUGUCCAGGGACUGGUCAGUAACAUCUUAAGAAAGGGAAAGGAUGUGACUCAGGAUGAUUGUGAUACAAAGAAUGUAACUUUUUCCAAGAAACCUGUGUGUAGGCGGUGAAGAAUAUAAAAGCCCCUGCACUCAUGUAGUUAAGUUAGUUCCCGUUUGAGAGAGAAGAGAAUACAGACCACUUUCCA